AUGGAUUUGUCACACUACAAGCAGGUCACUGUUAGCAGGGGCUACAAGUACAAUUACUAUGCUGUCCCCCCGGUGGACGGCAAGCCUACUCUACUCUUCGUCCACGGCUUCCCGAGUACCGCGCAGGACUGGCGCCGCCAGGUUGCGUACUUCAAGCCCAAAGGAUAUGGGUUCAUCAUCCCUGAUAUGUUGGGAUACGGUGGCACAGACAAGCCGUUGGACCACGAGGCUUAUGUUGGAACUGCGAUUGCGAAGGAUCUGUAUGAUAUCGUCGAGGCUGAGGGCAUUGGGAAGGUCAUCGCCAUCGGGCAUGAUUGGUUGGUCUCUUUCGUUCUUUCCUUCGCUCGGAAGGCUAAAUCGGAUCGCUUUGCCGGGUUUGCAUUCCUUGCGGUUGGUUAUAUGGACCCUCGUGUCAAGAUGAGCGCCGAGGAGGGAAGAGAGAUGGCUAAGAAGGUGCUAGGAUACGAGUCCACUGGCUAUUGGUGGUUCUUCUCGUCCCCAGAAGCACCGGACAUUAUCAGGAAGCAUAUUGACUCCUUCUACGACAUCAUCUGGGCGAAGGAUCCAUCUGUCUGGAAGGAGCUGUUCUGCGGAACGGGUUCGCUUCAAUCUUCCCUGGAGUCUAAUACCAGGGUUCCGAGGGCAGAUUCAAUGUCGGCGGAGGAAUAUCGCGAUUCCCAGCUGAUCUUCUUGAAACAUGGCUAUGAGGCGCCCUGCUUGUACUACAAGGCACAAACGACCGGAGCAGGUACUGCCGAUGCCACAGCCAUACCUGAGGAAAAGGCAAUUAUAAACAAGCCCGUCCUCUUCCUGGGAGCAGAGAAAGACGCUGUCUGCGUCCCGAACUUCCAAAAACCGUCGAAGGAUACUUGCCCCAAUUCGAAGACCAAGGUCAUUGAUUCCGGUCACUGGCUCAUGUUCGACAAGGAAGAAGAAGUCAACAUCGAGUUGGAGAGCUGGUUUAAGUCGUUGUAA